AUACAGACAUGCAUAUCCUACCCCUCGGGACUUGCUAGUGAGUUCCUUACUUAUUUGCUCGCUCAACAUCAGUAUCAUAACUGCUAGGGGCCGACGACAUCUUCGAUCUUCGCCUCCUUUCCCCCCAGCUCAACCACUCACCCUGUAACGCUCACUUUCUCACUCAACUUAGUAUAUUGUUCUGCAAGAAGGAGGGGCCUAUAUCCUCAGGCACCCUUUACCUGAUCAAUCGUCACCUUACUCGUCACUUUCUAAUCUGACAAUACCGUCAAAAUGUCGUACAAGAUUGCUGCACCUGAUGAGUACCUUGCCAUCACUGGCAUGUCCAUCAAGAAUGUGCACAUCACCAAGGCUGCCUGGGUACUGCCAUUCCAACGAUGCACUCGCUUCUCCGUACAACCCCAUGACUAUGCCAUGAAUUUGCAGGCUAUGACCAAGGAGAAGCUGCAAUUCUUGCUGCCAGUCGUAUUCACUAUUGGCCCUGAUGUCAACGCACGCGGUGCCAACGCCAAAUCCGUAACCAAUGCGUCUUCCGGGGAACAUGCCCAAGACGAGGAUCGCGGGGACGCACUCAUGAAGUAUGCCAUGCUAUUGGCAGACUCUUCAGUAAAAGUAAAAGCGGCGCAAUACCUCGAGAACAUCGUCAAGGGAAUCAUCGAGGGUGAAACCAGAGUGUUGGUUUCCAGCAUGACGAUGGAAGAGAUCUUCACAGAGCGAGAGGAAUUCAAGCGCCGCAUCUUCCGCAACAUCCAGGGCGAGCUGGACCAGUUCGGCCUCAAGAUCUACAACGCCAACGUCAAGGAGCUCAAAGACGCCGUCGGCUCCACGUACUUCCAGUCGCUUUCGCAGAAGGCGCACGAGGGCGCCACGAACCAGGCCCGCAUCGACGUCGCAGACGCCCAGCUCCGCGGAAACGUCGGCGAGGCCGACCGCCGCGGACAGCAGGAGCGACAGAUCGCCAAGAUCAAUGCCGAGACGGCUGUGCAGAAGACGGACCGAGACAUCGAGCGUGCCGCGGCCGAGGCGAACCUAGCUACGCAGAAGACGAACCUCAGCCGAGACGUCGACAUCGCCCGCAUCCAAGCUACUCGCGCCACGGAGUCGCGUGACGAGGAUCUAAAGAAAGACGUCGAGAUCAAGCGCGCGGCUGCCGAACUCGAGCGUCUGCGUGCCUCGGACGUCGUCAAAGCGACCAUCAGCCGCGAAUCAAAGCAGCAGGCGGCCGACGCGCGGGCCUACGAGAUCGAGGCGGAGGCGCGCGCACAGUUCGAGCAGGCGAACAUGGUGGCCGACGCCAAUCUGCAGAAGCAGCUAAAGGAGGCGCAGGGUAUCACGGCCAUGGCCGAGGCGUACACGAAGCUGGGGCAAGCGUUUGGCGGGCCCGAGGGACUUCUGAAGUACAUGAUGAUCGAGAAGGGCACGUAUAUCUCGCUUGCCAAGGCCAAUGCCUCGGCGGUGCAGGGGAUGCAGCCCAAGAUCAGCGUGUGGAAUACAGGUGCCGUCGAAGCCGGUUCUGGUUCUGGUGGAAAUGGUGGUGACAGCGCGGCGACGAUGCGCAAUGUCUACCAACUCCUACCACCCCUGAUGUCGACGAUCCACGACCAGACAGGCAUCACGCUGCCCGAGUGGCAAUUCGGCAAGCUCCCGCCCCAAGGCAAUGAGGUCGCGCGCACGGAUGGUACCAACGGAACGCAUCACAGAAAGUAAAGUAAAAUCGGGCAGAAAAGCCGAAAUUCAUUCAUUCUAGCAAAAUGAAAAAAAAGGGGGGGGAGGGAUGAGAAUGACACUAAAAACAACAAGACUGAUAAUGUAUUUUCCCUUCUCCCGAUCUCUUUCGUAUGUCGUUUUCUAGUUCUGAUUCUGGGUUCUUGUUAUUGUUUGUUGCUUCUGUUUCUUCGCGUAUACCUUCAAUGGGAUACCUCUCUUGCAUGGGCGGCGUUGGAAAGGGAGGAUAGUCCAGGCAAGGAAG